UCCGCUUCCGUCCUGGAGACACGUGAAGGUCGGUGAGUUGGUGCGGACUUCACUUCAGCACGCGUGUUCGCGCUGGGAUGGAUUCCUCCUCCUCUUCCUCCGCCACAGGUCUGGGCUCCGUGGACCCGCAGCUGCAACACUUCAUCGAGGUCGAGACACAGAAGCAGCGUUUCCAGCAGCUGGUGCACCAGAUGACUGAACUUUGUUGGGAAAAGUGUAUGGACAAGCCUGGGCCAAAGCUGGACAGUCGAGCUGAGGCCUGUUUUGUGAACUGCGUUGAGCGCUUCAUUGAUACAAGCCAGUUCAUCUUGAAUCGACUGGAACAGACCCAGAAAUCCAAGCCAGUCUUCUCAGAAAGCCUUUCUGACUGAUGUCAUCAUCACCUCUUUCACCUCUUUGGAAGAUGAAGGUAGUUGAAGAAUGAACUGAUGAUGGCCUGAUGGAAGAAAAGGCUAUGAGGAAUUGGCUCCCACCUUUGUCACUCUUGGGACAUUCUGUCAUCUAAGAAAGAACAAAGACCAAUAUUGUGUGUGUGGAGUUGGGGUCUUGUGUGUACUUGGUUGUUUUUCGAUGUUAAUAUUGUGAAAACAAUUGACAUGAAUGGAAACCUCUACUAGAUGCAUAUUACUAUAAGUGGGACUAUGCUUUUUUUUCAUAGCCCCAUUAACUGCUUCCUAUAAUUUUCAGUGGAACUACUUUUUGUGAUUUGAUACUGGGACCACAAAGGUGAAAUCUGACUUGCAUGAAUUCAUUUCUGAUUUCUGGAAAAUUGAUAUACAUCUGUGUGUCUCUCAGAAAAGGUGGCAGUAGGAGAAUAAUUUGGUACUUUAGACCCCCUUGUCUAAUGUUUGGCUGUCAAAAACUUGGAAUAUUCAUACAGUACACUUCAGCUUCCUAGCUUCUUUACCUUAUAUUGUGAGAUCCUUUAACAUCUGUAUCAAUGAUGGUCUCAAGAGAAAUCAGGCAGCCUGAGAAAGACUAGCCAGUGAAUAUAAUUCUCACUACUAAACUGCCACAAGGAAGAAGUUAACUUUUAACCCUGUAUGACAGGGAUCAAAAGACUUCUGAAGAUGUGCCUAAAUAAAUUAUAAAGCUUCAUGCAAGUCAGGAGUUAACAACAGUUGUAGGUAGAGGUGCAUGCCUAAUGUUGAUCAAUAUAGGUUCCACUUAUUGCAUUAUUUCGAUUACUGAAAUAAAAGCUACAAGAUUUAAGUCUAA